CAAUCGCCAUCAUAGCCGACCACGCAAGGUCACCGCAGUUCAAUAUUGACCGACAACUACGCCCGUAACAUCCCUGACUCUCACUACUAAGAUGGCCUCUGUUAGCCCACAAACGCGGCUACAACAGCCAUCUCAAUCAACCCUCAGCCAGACCCAGACCGCGCAGUCCACAAACCAGCAAACCCAGACCCAACCGCAAGCCAUCCUCCGUCUGCGCGGCGCACACGCACCGACGAGGAGAUCGGUACAAUGGCGGUCCGAUGUGGUGGACAAUGAGGGAUUAGGGAGGAAGAAGUCUAAAGUCUGCUGCAUCUACCAUCGCCCGCGCGGCGUGGACGAGUCCAGCGACUCUUCCUCCUCGUCCGACUCGUCCGACUCGUCCGACUCCGACUCCGACUCCGACUCCGACGUCGACAGCGGGAGCGGGAAAAAAUCACGAGACCGCGAGCACGACCAUGGGCAUGAUUGUGACGGCCACUCUCACUUGCACCGAGGAAGGGGUCAUGGGAAGAGGUCAAGGAGACGGAAGCCAAGCCCGAAUGCGUACGAGAAGAUGCCGAGGUACGACAAACCGAGGAAGGAUGGGAACAAUGACAGCGGAAAGGGGAGAGGGGACGAGAGGCCACAGGGGCCGUAGAGGGCGUAGGGAUUCUUGGAUGAGCAAAGUCGGCAUGGGUUUAGCCGGGAAAGCAUGGCGUUGAUAGGAUAUAGCCGAGCGGGUUUUGUAUGGAAUGGCCAGGAAAGGUCAGGGAAAUGGCUUGCGCGGUUCCGUGAUGACACCGGGAAUGGAUUCAUUUUCUGCACUAUUCAAAGCCCAGCUGGCGUGCUCUCGGAAGCAACUUUUUUUGCUCCACGUUUU